AGCCCCGCCCGCGCUGCCGGUUACAUUCCAACAGUCGGUGCCGGUCGCGCUACCGGCCCCGCGCGCCCCCGCCGCCACCUCAUGGCUUCCCAUGACGGGGCGCGGCAACCGCUAAAGGAGAGCUGUCGAUCUUUAUCUUUGACUGGCCAUGUUGGUUUUGAUAGUUCACCAGAUCAACUGGUUAACAAAUCCAUCAACCAAGGCUUCUGCUUCAACAUUCUUUGUAUUGGGGAGACAGGAAUUGGAAAAUCAACCUUGAUAGAUACUUUGUUUAAUACUCAUUUUGAUGACCGUGUAGCCAACCAUUUUCAACCGAAUGUAAGACUUAAAGCUCAAACCUAUGAUCUCCAUGAAAGCAAUGUUCGGUUGAAAUUAACCAUUGUGAAUACAGUGGGAUUUGGUGAUCAGAUUAACAAAGAAGAUAGCUACCAGCCAAUAGUGGAUUACAUAGAUGCACAAUUUGAGGCCUACCUCCAGGAAGAACUGAAAAUUAAACGCUCCUUGUACAGCUAUCAUGAUACUCGUAUCCAUGUCUGCCUCUAUUUUAUUUCACCAACAGGCCAUUCCCUUAAGACUCUUGAUUUGUUAACUAUGAAGAAUCUUGACAGCAAGGUGAACAUUAUACCGGUCAUAGGCAAAGCGGACACCAUUUCUAAAACUGAGCUGCAGAAGUUUAAGAUCAAACUCAUGAGUGAAUUGGUUAGUAAUGGAGUCCAGAUAUACCAGUUUCCAACAGAUGAUGAAACCAUUUCUAAAAUUAAUGCCACUAUGAAUGGGCACUUACCAUUUGCUGUUGUGGGGAGUCUGGAGGAGGUAAAAGUUGGAAACAAAAUGGUGAAAGCUCGCCAGUACCCAUGGGGCAUUGUGCAAGUGGAAAAUGAGCACCACUGUGAUUUUGUCAAGCUUCGUGAGAUGCUUAUUUGUACAAAUAUGGAAGAUCUUCGAGAACAAACUCACACACGGCAUUAUGAGCUGUACAGGCGCUGCAAACUGGAAGAGAUGGGUUUCAGGGACACUGGUCCUGAGAACAAACCAGUCAGUGUACAGGAGACCUAUGAAGCAAAGAGGCAUGAGUUCUUUGGUGAAUUACAGCGGAAGGAGGAAGAGAUGAGACAGACAUUUGUGCAGAGAGUCAAGGAGAAAGAAGCAAUACUGAAAGAAGCUGAGCGUGAUCUGCAGGCUAAAUUUGAACAUCUUAAACGGCUUCAUCAAGAAGAGAGGAUGAAACUAGAGGAAAAAAGAAAGCUUCUGGAAGAUGAAAUGAUUGUGUUCAGUAAAAGGAAAGCUGCCACUGAAUUACUCCAAGCACAGGCUUUUGCAUCCACACCUACAGUUAGUUUGAAAAAAGACAAGGACCGGAAAAAUUCCAGUUUUAUGUAAUACCGAUGAUUGCGACAAGCAGAUUUAAAAAAUGAUAUAUAAGGAAGCUCUGAUUUCCUGUACUUUAUUUCUUUGCUAUAUUUCUUACAAAAUUUUUUUGGAAAGUGAACCUUGAUUCUGUAAGUUACAAUGGAAAAGUAUUUUAAAUAUAUGGUCAGUAUGUAUACAGUACUGCAGUUACUGUUACAUUAAUAUAUCUCAAUGGGCAUUUCUAUUAAGCAGUUGCCUUGAUAUGCACUUAAAUUACAUACCUGUAUGACCUAAUUACUUUCAUUUAAGUGCAUUGUGCCAAAAAUAUAUCCAUGCUAUGAACAGUUUUCAUUCAUAAUAUGAAUGCUGUAGUACAGAAGUAUAUUCACCGAAUGUAUCUUUUAUGACCUUACCAAAGAAUUAGUUAUUUUGAUAUGGUAUGUUAAUUUACUGAAUACCAUUUAAUGUAACUUCUAAAGUGUUUUAACUAACCACUUGUCUUAAUAGUUUGCUGACAAAGAUUUAUUUGUUUUUUAGAAACACUGUCCUAAUUUUAUGACAUGUCCUGUAUCAUGGUUUUCUUCAGAGCUGAACUGUCCAUGAUAAUAUUUUUAUUUGAUAUUACUCAUUCACUGCCAAAGCAUUUAAAAGAUAUGGCCUACACUUCCACUUGAAUUAACUUUUACAGCCUUCUGCCUUUUUUAUAUAUCCUCUGUGGUGUAGGAAUUGGAUAUUUUUUAAAUGAAUGGGACUGUUAAUAACACACACGAGCAAUUUUAUGAGCAUGAAUCGUCCUGUUUACUUUAAUGAGACUUACUUGCGUAAAACUGAACUCAUUUAUACUUGCUUCUGGGACUGGGGCCUACUACUUACUUCUCCACUUUAUUACAUAAGCUAUUUAGUUCCUUCAGAAUAGGUUAAAGAAUAAUUUUUAAAACAAACUUCAGAAAGUAACUGUUAUGCCACACAACUACAGUUCAUAACUAAACUUCCCUUCAACAAGGAAAGCCUCUUUCAGUUAAACUGAGUUUAAAAUGGUUCCUGUGGUUUUUAUAGUCUGGGAUAAGCACUUAACAGUAUUUUAUAGUUCUCCAAAGAUGUUUUUACAUGGUUAUUUUUAAACAAAAUAUUAAUACUUAACUUGACAUAUAAAACACAUUGUAUUUUCAGAAAUGUAUCUAUACUGAUUUAGAUUGCAUUUUUUUCUUGUAUAUGUCCAAGGGAGAGCACUUCACAAUACUCUUAAACAAAUGUAAUGCAGUUGUUUACUUUUCUAAACAUAUGGCAAAGAAACCACUUUGUUAAGAAAAAUAAAAUAUUAAAUCUUCUGUA